UUUUUUUUUUUUUGCUGGGUCUCUAACGCUGGGAGACCUAGCCGCCGCGGCGCGCGCGGCGAAGAUUGCACGACCCGUCUGCGAUUCGGAAGACUGCGUGGGGAUCGCUUCGGGAGUCCGGGCGCUGCAGCUCCCCACCUUAGCCAGCCGGUGACGCGUCUAGAUCCACGUUGGAAAGAGGGAGAGAGGAAAGAAAGAGGAGAGAGAGAGAGCGCGAGCGAGCGAGCGAGCAAGCGAGCGAAACAAACAAAAAAGUGCUGGAGAUUUCUGCAAAUUGCGGGCUGCUUUGGGGUAACAAAAGGACCCGAGUUGCCGACUGAGUGCCCCCCGGGAGCCGGGCUCGGAGCGGACUAGGUGCCCGUCGGCGCCCAUUCUGGCUGGGGCUUCUAACUCUUUCUCCAACGUAGUCCCCUUCCCGUCCCCUCCCCUCUCGUUCCCUUUUAAGAUCCGUGGCACGGAGGCGCCUGCAGCAGCUCUCGCCCGCGACUCAUCUCUCCAGCGGGUUUUUUUUGUUUGUUUGUUUGUUGGUUUGGUUGGUCGUGUGCGAUCCCCACACUCAUGAACAUACACAGGUCCACCCCUAUCACAAUAGCAAGAUAUGGGCGAUCGCGGAACAAAACCCAGGAUUUCGAAGAGUUGUCGUCUAUAAGGUCCGCCGAACCCAGCCAGAGUUUCAGCCCGAACCUUGGCUCCCCGAGCCCGCCCGAGACUCCGAACUUGUCGCAUUGCGUUUCUUGCAUCGGGAAAUACUUAUUGUUGGAACCUCUGGAGGGAGACCACGUUUUUCGUGCCGUGCAUCUGCACAGUGGAGAGGAGCUGGUGUGCAAGGUGUUUGAUAUCAGCUGCUACCAGGAGUCCCUGGCCCCAUGCUUUUGCCUGUCUGCCCAUAGCAACAUCAACCAAAUCACCGAAAUUAUCCUGGGGGAGACCAAAGCCUAUGUGUUCUUUGAGCGCAGCUAUGGGGACAUGCAUUCCUUUGUCCGCACCUGCAAGAAGCUGAGGGAGGAGGAGGCAGCCAGACUGUUCUACCAGAUCGCCUCAGCAGUGGCCCACUGCCAUGAUGGGGGUCUGGUGCUGCGGGAUCUCAAGUUGCGGAAAUUCAUCUUUAAGGAUGAAGAAAGGACUCGGGUCAAGCUGGAAAGCUUGGAAGAUGCAUAUAUUCUGCGGGGAGAUGAUGAUUCCCUUUCUGACAAGCACGGCUGCCCAGCGUAUGUAAGUCCGGAGAUCUUGAACACCAGUGGCAGCUACUCGGGCAAAGCCGCCGAUGUGUGGAGCCUGGGAGUGAUGCUCUACACCAUGUUGGUAGGGCGGUACCCUUUCCAUGACAUUGAGCCCAGUUCCCUCUUCAGCAAGAUCCGGCGUGGCCAGUUCAACAUUCCAGAGACUCUGUCACCCAAGGCCAAGUGCCUCAUCCGAAGCAUCCUGCGGCGGGAGCCCUCAGAGAGGCUGACCUCCCAGGAAAUUCUGGACCAUCCUUGGUUUUCUACAGAUUUUAGUGUGUCGAAUUCAGGCUAUGGUGCUAAGGAAGUGUCUGAUCAGCUUGUGCCGGAUGUCAAUAUGGAAGAGAACUUGGACCCAUUCUUUAACUGAGCUCACGCCCCCCACACACAGAGACUUAACAGGUACCAGGAGUGAGAGAGAGAGAGGGCAAGGAAAGGCAUUCUUCCAGGAAACACACCACAUCGCCUGGCUCGGUAGCAAGAAAGACACUUACACUCACACGUUUCUUUGUUCAAAGAAGAAAAACCUUCAAGGAGCUGAUGUAAACAUGUAGCACGGGGGCAAGAGAGGUGGGAUGGGGGUCUAGCUCUGUGGACUGGUGAGCAGAGUAGAGGAGACCCCCUGGAGUUUCUCUCCCUUGGUGUAGGCCCCGAAGAUCAUCCCCAUCAAUUGGGCCACUUCCACCUAACCCACUUUUCAUUUGGUUCAAAACUAGUCUCAGAUCCUGACAGAAUCGAAACUCUGCCUCAGACACACAUCUUGGCAUCGCACUGUUAGCAUUUAACUUCUUGUCACGAUUCAGGGAAGGUACAAUUGGCCAAGGAUUUUCUUACUUUCUUUCUUUCUUCUUCUUUUUUUUUCUUUUGAACAAGCCAACCACCUAUCUGAUAGUUAACGGGGUUCACUUAAAACAAUUCGGUGCACACAGACUGAUACGAAACCUGGGUGCUAAACUAAAAGAAAAUUAAAAGUCCAUUUUGUGUCUCUUAAUCACUUUCUUCAACUCAUUUCUUCUAAAUAAACUAUUUACUAUCCUGGUCAGGAAAUAGCAUGGUAAUGCUUUGUUCCCUGAAGGGAAAAAAAAAAAAAUCUGUCCUUUAACAAGCUAUUCUGUUUUGUGUCAAUUGGUUUCUGGCAGGAAGCUAUUAGAAGUCAAACUUCCAGAUGCAUUACUGCUAUCAUAGUUUAAAGAAAGGGGGAAGGGGGCCAGGGAAAGAGAAAUUCAACUCCUUCAUUUUUUCUCUUGAAUGAUGAUGAGGCUGCAUUACAGGCAUUCCUAUUUGCUGAGAUGACAGCAACGGCUUAAGAGAGCAGGAAGGCCUGGGAAGCUGAAGCUUUUGCAACACUGAUCUUUGAUUGAAAACCGGUGAAGCAAAGCAGGUUGUCCCACAUGUAUGAAAACAGGGCAGCUAUUUCAUUUUCUAGAUGAAGAAUGAUCCUUGUGACUUGGAAGGCCCUCUGGUUUGGACAAAAACCCUCAGUAGAGACAAGCAAGAAGGAUACUAAGCUGAAAGCUAGGAUGAUAUAAAUAAAAGCAGCUCUCUAUCCCAAUACGCACCUUUGUAUUUUCAAAAACUCUUCUAUUUAUUAAGGAAAAUGUCACAUUGUGAUGUAUUAAGCCAGUACUUCAAUUACGGGUUGACUUGGGAUAACAUGUUACAUGCUGUAGUUAACAUUUAUAUCUAUUUUUUUUCUUGUUUGAGUAUUUCCGUCCCUGAAAUAACCUUUUAUUUGGCUUCUCUAGAUAGCUUUAUUUGAUUUCGAGUGGCAAAUGUUUUGGUUUUUUUUUAUUACGGCUUUUCUAUUGCUGUAUGAUGCAGAACUCUUUUGGCAUAAAUAUUUGUGUUCCCAGUACCUCAGUUGUUUGAAUUUUACUGCCUGUAUAUGUUUUGUGAAAUGGUCAUGUUUUUGGGUAGGUAACACGUGGACUCUAGUGUGUAAAUGUUACUUGAAUCUGUGCUUCAUUAGAGUAUGUGGCAUGUAUGUGCAGAUCUUGGAUGCUUUAUGCCUGUCCAGCAGGACCCCGACCCUCGUGUUCCUAGGAGGGCGGCCUCCACGUUCAUAGUCACAAGACAAGGCGGCCAUGGAUUUGCCCUUGAUUCUAUUUUGAUAAUGGAAGAUAUGAAGGAGAGAGGUUUUUGACAUUCUGAAGACGGUGCUGUGUCAAGAAGGACCUUUUCUUCUUCCCUUUUCCCUAUUUUUUCAGUACCCCAAAGGAGGAAAGAUUGGUGACAUGCAUGGCGGGAAUCUAUGGCCUCUGGUGCUUUGUCCUGUAUUUGGUUUAAUGUUUUUGUCCUAAUCUCUUCAAUCAAUAAAAUUGUGCGUAUUUAACUAAGA